GCUCACUUCAAGAUCAAGGACUUGGGGGAGAUGAGAUACUUCCUUGGUCUUGAAGUUUGCAAGGAGCAAACAAGACAUUUUGGUUCUAAACCAGCCUGCACACUUCUAGACACAAGCCAUAAACUCACCAGUGCUGAGUAUGAUCAUGCUAAUGCUCAUGCAACUGUGGUUGUUGAUGAGUUACUCAGUGAUCCAAGCAGCUAUCAGAAAUUGGUUGGGAAGUUGUUAUACCUCACUAUGACAAGGCCGGACAUCAGCUAUGUUGUCCAAAAUCUGAGCCAGUUCAUGCACAAGCCAAAGAAGUCACAUUGGGAAGGAGCAAUAAGAGUG